AUGUUGGAGUUCUGGAAGCGAAAAGAAAAGCGCGUCGCCUUGGAGUGGGGCAUGAUUGGCUUCGAAAAUGACGAGCAAGCCCGUCCGGAGUACAAGGGAGAGUUCAUCCCGUCCCCCAUCGACGGCAAAACCGUUCUGUACUACCCUACGCACAAGAAGGCCUGGAAGUCCCGGCGGGCGACGGCCGUGAUCGUGUCAAUGAUCACCAUCGUCGUGGGCUGCAUCGCGGCCGUCUACGCCUUCAGGUGGUACCUGGUUUACGGGACCUCUGGUGACUGGGGCGAGACGUGGGGCGGCAUAGUGACGUCGGUGAUCAACUCUAUCCAGAUUCAAGUCUUGAACGCUGUCUACAAGAAGGUUGCUGUUGCUCUGACUGACUUCGAGAAUCAUCGCACUUCUACCGAGUACGAGGACUCCCUGGUGUCCAAGCUCUUUUGCUUCACUUUCUGCAACUCGUACGGCGGCUUCAUAUACCUGGCGUUCAUCGGGGAGCCGGUGAUCGGUGUCGCCUGCGAGAAGAGCUGCAUGAGCCUGCUCGCGACCAACCUUACCAUUGUCUUCGUCGUGCAGCUGGUGGUGGGCAACCUGACGGAAGUGCUCAUCCCGUUCAUCAAGUACACGAUGAGGGUCAAGGCUGAGAAACGAGGCGACGGGCACGGUCACGAUGGUGUCCCCGUCGUCAGCGGCAAGAACAUCCAGCGCACGCAGGCCGAGAAGGGGCUCUACCUCGAGCAGUACGACCCGAUCAUGGGUGCCCUGAUGGACUACGCCGAGCUGGCCGUGCAGUUCGGCUACAUUACCCUGUUCGUCGUGGCCUUCCCGCUGGCCCCCCUCCUCGCCCUGGCGAACAACUACGUGGAGGCGCGCUCGGACGCCUUCAAGCUGCUCACUCAGAUGCAGCGCCCGGUGCCGCGCGGCGCCGAGGACAUCGGGAGCUGGCAAGGCGUUUUCACGACCAUCUCUUGCAUCGCAGUCGUGACCAACUCCGCUCUGAUCUGCCUCAUCUACGAAGAUCUCGUCGGCGAGUACAGCCUGGCCACCAGGCUAUGGCUCUUCAUCCUCUUCCAGUGGGUGGCCUUCAUCUUUAUGGCGGGGUUGGGUGCCACCGUGCCGGACGUGCCCGAGGACGUGACCAUACAGCAGCAAAGGACGAUGUUCUUGUCUUCCAAGAUGGUGGACAAGAUCGCCGACGAAAUGGAUGAGGACAUGCAAAAUAUCGACCAGGCCGCCCUGGAUGGCGUCAAGGUUACCAUCAGCCCCGCCAUGUCGCCCAAAGGGGAGGAGCUGCACCGCGGUGUCAAUGUGGCCUUAUAA